AUGACAAGCACAGUGACCACCACAGAUCUCCAGGGCGCACUACCGCUAAUUGCCCGGGGCAAGGUGCGCGAUCUGUACGAGGUCGACGACAAGACGCUCCUGUUCAUCGCGACAGACCGGAUCUCCGCUUACGAUGUGAUCAUGGAGAAUGGUAUCCCUAACAAGGGUGUUCUUCUGACUCUCUGCACGCAGAAAUGGUUCCAGAUCCUCUCGGAUGCCAUCCCCUCUCUCCGCACCCAUUUUAUCACACUCGACCUCCCGCCCCAGGUCCCCGCGUCGCUGCACCCCGUCCUGCAAAACCGGAGCAUGCAGGUGCGCAAGCUGAAAGUGUUCCCUGUCGAGGCCAUCGUCCGCGGCUACAUCACGGGUUCUGCGUGGAACGAGUAUAAAAAGUCGGGGACCGUGCAUGGUAUCAAGGUUGCCGCGGGCUUGAAGGAGAGCGAGGCCUUCCCUGAUGGCCCAAUCUAUACCCCUAGUACCAAGGCAGAGCAGGGCGAACACGAUGAGAACAUUCAUCCGGAUCAAGGUUCGUUAGAUUACGAUUCCCAAUGUUUAGAUACGUCUCCCCCUGCUGACCAUGAGUCUCUAUUUCCAGCCGCUGCUAUUGUCGGUGAGCCCUAUGCCUCGAAGAUUGCCUCUCUCGCCAUCGAGCUGUAUAAGGCUGCCCAUGCCUAUGCCCUCACUCGCGGCGUCAUCAUCGCUGACACCAAGUUCGAGUUCGGUCUUGACGAAGAGACUGACGAGGUCGUCCUCGUCGAUGAGGUCUUGACCCCGGACUCCUCCCGCUUCUGGCCCAAGGACUCCUAUGAAGUGGGCCGCGGUCAACAAAGCUUUGACAAGCAGUUCCUGCGAGACUGGCUGGUGAAGGAGGGACUCAAGGGCAAGGAUGGGGUUCGCAUGCCGGAAGAGAUCGUGCAAAAGACCGGUGACAAGUACAGGGAAGCCUGGGAGAAGAUUACUGGCGGUAAUUGA